CUCGGCCGGCGGGGGAGAAGCGCGGCGGUCCGGCCGUUAGCGCCCGGGCGGCGAUGUUACUAUGGGAGCGACGCAGGGCUCCGCCGGCAGCGAACCGCCAGGGCCCGCGGGGGAGGCGGAGCAGGUCGGUAGCCUCCUCGCGACCCCGGGGCGAGCGCGAGGCUGUGGGAAGCGCCAGGCUGCGCGGAGCGCGCGUCUGUGGCUCGAAGCCCCGUUCAGCGUAGCGCGGCCGCUGUGGGGGCUCGUGGGCGCCGUGGUUGGCGGGUGGAUCCGCCUGCCCGGGCUGCGCAGGGCCGUGCUGAAGCCAAAGGGCUGGGGAAGUCCCGUGUUGUGUUGUUUUUGGGGGGCUGAAGUGAGGGAGGAAACUACGUGAAACAAACUUCUUGUUUGUGGUUUCUGGAAGAAUUACAGUGUAGUACGUGUGUGUACAUUUCUGUGUGCUAACCAUAACAAAUCCUGUGGGGCUUAUGGGUAUUCAUUAGCCUGGAGUGAACUACCUGUUGAUAUUUUGUGUGUUAAUAAUAAUAAUAAUAAUAAUAAAUCCCUAUGGCAGGGGUUGCCUGGUCGGUCUGGUUAACUCUGGGUAACUGUCCCUCUCCUGUUCCAUCACUCUUGUUCUGAGGUCUUCCUCAUCUACUGCACGUGGCUGUUUUGCCUCUUCUGGAUCCAUCUUGCAAGCUCUUUGACAAGGGGCCCCUGUUUCUCGACCGCUUCUGUUACAUCUAAUCAGUAUGUGUGAUCAUGUCCUUCUGAGAGAGACUUAAGUCCCCGGGUCACUGGGUUGGUGACUUGCCUCACAGGGGUCUCGUGAGGAUACAGCUGAAUCGUAUGUGUAUGUAUGGGUGUGAGGAGAGUUGAGAUGCCGAUGCUACACAAUUGCUGCCUGAGUUUUUAUAUUGACUUUUGUAUUUACAGAUAAAUUUACUUUACAGGGUUAUUGUUUAAAUUAUCUGCCUGAGUAAGUUCAUGGUGACUACGCUUAAAAAACAGAAUUGUCCCAAAGCAGGAGACUUGCAGUGUAUUUCAGCACAUGAUGCAUUGGUAGACUGUGCUACCAGUCUUCUCCCCUUUACCUCCAUUGACAGUUUUUUGGACCUGGUUUCAUCAGUGCUGCUGGAAUCCUCUUGAUGACAAAGCUUCCGUUGACUUGAAUUGAUCCAAGAUUUUCCUCCUUGUUAAUUUCCCUUUUUAUACCACAAACUUGCUAUUGUUUUAAUGGGAAAAAAGAAUGUGAUGGUGGUUUGUUGAUGUGUUUUGGUUUUUUUUCCCAUUCAAAAAAAAAAAAAAAGAAAAAAAAAGUGUGGAUUGCACAAUUGUCCUCACUGAGUGGUUUCUUCCAACUGUUUUAAGUUUUGCCUUUCAUGUGCAGAACUAGGAAUGAAAUGGUUAGGAUGCAGGUUCCUUUUCUCUUGCAGCUGUGACACCCUAGAGAGUUUGGAAGUAGGUUGUAUGGGCUAUGAAUCCUGUGGCAACGUCUAUAUUAACAGAAAAGGGAGCUUUGGCUCAUCUCCCUUCCCACGUACUGCUUGAAAUGGUGAGAAAGAUAGUGUUUCUUAUGUGCACUGAACUUUGGUGGGGACAAAUUGUCAGUGUGGCUCCCCCAGUGUCUGUGUUUCUCAUAUUAAGGUUAUUGAAGUCCACUGUUCUGUUUCUUUUAUAAAGAAGGCUGUUCAGUAUUUUAUAGAAGAAGACAUAAAAAUGGUCUGGCGAGAUAUGACAGGUAUGAUUUUCCAGUUUUUUUGUUUUGUUUUGGAGGUUUUGUUUUGUUUUGUAUGAUGCUAUUCAGACAAUAUGAAGUUUAUGACUUCAUUUCUAGGAAUUCUGUUUUUCACAGCUUGUGGUUAUUGGAAUUGUAAGACAAAUGUGGAUUCAGCUGACACUCAAAACAGUUUUAGAAUCCUUUGUGUACCAGUAAGUAGUAAGUUGCAGUGUUUUCUUUGGAAGCUAAUGCAUCUGAUGCCACAGAACUCUCUCUUUUUUUUUUUUUAAUGAUGUCAACUGUAUUAGGUGUAUAAACCAAAUGAUACAGUGGAAUUCAAAGCCAUGUUUAAAAUGUAAACAAACUUAAAGUCACUUUAUAUUUUGCAACUGCGUUUGGAAUGUAUUUCUUGCCAUCAAAAUGCAGAACUGUGAUCACAGACAAGUACUGCCUAAAGGCAGGGUUACAUUCCUGAAUGUACCUUAGCUGGAUUGUACAGUGGAAGCUAAUACUUUAAUGCAGUUACUCUUGAUAUCAUGUAAGAAUGAAAUAUCGUCUUACUUCCUAGACAGUAGGGGAUAUACCUUCAUGAACGCUCCAGGCAUCUCCAUCUAGUAACUUGAAAUAAAAUAAAUUAUGAAAAUGCUCCUUCAAAGGCUUGCAGUGCUAGCAGUUAAUUCUGUAGAUAGGUGAUUGUCAGCAGCUUCCAAGCUGUGUGUGUUUGUGCCUUCUGUCGUGCCCUGUUAAGCAGAGAGCAGUAUCUUUAUGUAUGCUGGUGAUGGAGUCUCUAGAGUUCAAAACCCCUGCUGUAACCAAACCUUAUGCAACUAAGAAAUGAUGCUCCUUUCUAUUAUUUAUUCAAUUUUCUAAGGUAAGUAUUCAUCCUAACACAUGUUUCCUUUGCGCAUGCAUACGCUGCAUGUGAUAGGAUGGUAUUUCAGACACUCGUCCCUUAAGAUUCAUAAUACAUGUGAGCUUUUUGGAGAGAAUGCAGGAUGUUCAGAUAGGCUGUCAUUCCAAGCUUCACAAACAGAGCAUUCUGAGACAAAGUGUUAGCCUUUGACAUAGCUGCAAAGCUUGCUGCCAGGGUCAGCGCUUGGCACUGACUGCACUUCUUUCUGUGUCCUAGCACUGCAAAAAUCUGCUGGAUAAUAUGCAUUUCUUCUAGUGGUUGUGGCUGAGGAUUCUUCUGUCCAGUGUUUCAGAGGCCUUCUGCAGAGCUGCAGGGCAGAAUAAAUAACAUUUUACUUUUUUUUUUUUCCUGUGUAGUUUUGUGUUCCAGAAGUAGAAAAAAGCGGUCAGUGGUUUUGAUUCCUCUGUUUAUAGAGUCAGAUGGGAAUAUUUUUAAACAACUGAUGUGACAAUAGCAUAGCUGGUUGGUGAAGGUGUCUGCGCACGUUCCUUAAAGGAUGCCAUCCAAACUCCUAUUUCUGUGCAAGUCUGCACUACCAUUGUUUUGUUUGAGGACCUGGUUACAGUUUGGCUUUAAAUUUUUAUUUUCUAGCACUUCAGAUUUCCUGAAUGUGUGUUGUUGUUUGGCAUCAAAGGAGGUGAUGUCAUUCCUGACCCUUUGGCAGAAGCUCUCUUCAGAUGCUGACUGAGUUGAGUAAUUCUUGGGUGUGCUUCACCUCAGCGUGGUUGGUGUAUUACUGGAGGUCAGGCUGCAAAAGGCCUUUUGCAGGCUUUUAUGGACAGAGUGUUGAUUGCAGAUGGAUGCCUACUGGCAUUUCCCAGAGCUGCUGUGCUCUCUCUUCUGCUUUUGCAGUUACACUCUCCUACCUGUUCAUAAGCAGUGCCCAAUAAGCUUGAAGUAUAAGAAUAUUUGAGGUGGAGGAAGAAGACAGGGAGGCUUUCUGUGAUGUGUCCCAGACACACUUGUCAAGCUUUUGAUUAAAUGUGGAAAACCCUGUAACAGAGUACUGCUCGUACUUCAGUAUUUGUGGGCCCUUGGAUUUAUGAGAGAUACUCAUCUGUUCUGACACACAGGGAUGCUUUGAGUAAGAGGUUUGACAUUUUCUGUGUGUCUUUUCCUUUUAUAGGUUAUUAUGUUGCCUUUCUACUUCUAGCAGUACAGUGGUGUUAAACUGAACAAUUUUUUAAUUGUUUAAAUUUUAAUUAAACUGAACAAUCAUUCAUUAAGUUUUAUCCACAAACUUCUCUGCCUCUUGUAGUAACGUGACUUUAUUUUCUAUUCUUUUUAAAGUGCUUUUUCUUACUUUACCUUGUAGAUGCUAGUGGAUACUUUCCUAGCAUCUUUUGAAGCAGUAAGGAUGAACUUCAAACUCUUGGGUCACAAUGGUUUGAAAAUAGAUUUCAUUUUUCUUGUCUUCUUUUAAGGUUUGUUUGCUUAUAGACAAAUACUUUUUUUUUUUUCAUUUUCUUUUUUCCUUAAGAAGUUAAUAAGGAGCAGAACACUUAAUCACGGUUUGCUUUUGCUUGGUGUGUUAGAAAGCCCUUGGGUGUAGAGUGUUUUUUUAUAUGGAUCAAACUGCAAGAAGACUCUGUUUUGAAUCUUUGUUGGAAGUGAAGUUGCUGCUAAACUGAGCUAUGUUCUAGAUGGUAAUUGGAUGGAGCUUUUGUCAUUGAUUCUAAGACCUGUAACUUCCUUGUGGCAACACGUGUGGGAUUCUUUUUUCUUUCUUUCCCAGUUCUUUCAAAGCACAUGUAAGACACCAGUAGUUGUAAAAGGGGGAAUAAAAUUUGCCCUGUCACUCUCUUGAUUCCAUUCUGGUCAGUUUAUCCUUUGUGCACUACAGUGUGCACUGUAGUGGAAACAGCCCUGUUUUGUAGCAGCAUGACAGUUUGGUUUCUUUUAACACAUGGAGAGAUGCCUGAACUUCCUUACAUUGAUGUUACAUGCCUGAGAAGUGUUGACUGAGCUGAGAGAUAGCAUCGAGGGUUGUAGUUUCAAAUUCUUUUGCUGGCAUCCUUUCAAGUGAAUUACAAAUGGCUGCAGAUGAACUCGGAUUAGUGCUUUGGGAACAGAUCUACCAAGCAGAAGUUGCUAUCUUAAUAGUAAAGAAAAAAGAGGUGCUUGGCUUCACUCCAUGCUCUUCCUCCCUCCCUACCUGCUUUGUGGCUGUUUAUUGCUUGAAUGCUGUCAUAAAUCCUGAUGGAAUAAUUUAUACCUAAGUUGGAAGUGUUCAAAUGUUCUUAUUAUCGAUAUGUUUAGAUGUCACUGAAGUCAUGUGCUAGUCCUUAACUGCUUGGGUAUGCUUCAGCUUCACAUCCUGCUUCACCAAAGGACUGGGGAAGAGGAGUGGAAAAUACUUGAAAUGGUCCCAUUUUCAACUUUCCCUGUAUCGCUUUCUUAUCUCAAAGUGCUCUUUCAGUGUGGUCGGGUACUUUGUGAGUUUCACUGUAAUGAGUAAAGUUUUGUAUGGAAUGAAAGGUUACUGGUGGCCCAAAACAUUCAGAGUUGAGGGCAACAUUUACGCUUGCCAUUUGUGUGUGACAAAGCAAUUGCAGUCCUUAGGAGGUCCUGAGGAGGGAGGAAGUUCUGCUGUGAGGAAAGGGAUUCUGAAUGUGAUUUGUGAAUUCGGUGUAGCUCCCUUAACCUUUUACCUCAUGGUAAUUGAUGCAGCUGGAGCAGUUUCAGAUGAAACAAAGUGAUUUUUUUUUUUUUUUUUUUUUUUUUUUGACUGCAUGUUCCAUAUUGUUCUACAUGUGCCUGGAGGAGUGUGUCAACAUGAGAUUUAUAGACCUAAACCCUUACAGUGCAAGAGCUAUUGUACGAAUGACAUUAAAAAUACUGAACUCCCUUUGCAACAGAUUUAGGUCUCGUGUUGGGAAUGUGAAAGAUAUGUUAAAAUUUAGGAGUGAACUUCAGUAUUGCUUUUUGGUGUGACUGAGUAAGCUGUUGAGCUGUCUUGAAAGGGAGAGAUGAGUUGCCUAAGGCUUUAAGAUCAGGUGUAAAGUGGUUGAAGGAAGGAGAGGAGGAUAGAUCCAGGUGGUGGCAUUGGAACUGUGAAAAUCCUUUUUAGAGCUGGAAUAUCAGAAAAGAAAGAAUCUGCUUUGAAACAAGAACAGCAAUUGUUUUUUGUAUGCUAAUUAAUGAAAUUAGUAACUCUGUAAGAACUGGCUAACAAACAAGAUGUACAAACUAUUGGCGAUAUGUAUCUGAAUGGUACUGAAAUCAAAUCAUGACUUUGCUCAAAACUACUAAUUUUUUUUACAGUUUCAAUUCAAAGAAACCUCAAUUUUUAACCUUUUUUAUUUAGCAGAAGUCUGGAGACUCAAAUGAAGCUGAAGCUUCUUUACUGUAUUUGUACAUAUAUAUAUAUAUGUGCAUACAUAUAUACAUACAUAUGUAUACAUAUAUACAUGUAUACAUACAUAUACGUAUGUAUAUAUGUAUAUAUGUUUAUAUAUACAUAUAUAUAUAUAUAACCUUUUAUAUGUAUUUUAGAUAUAUAUAUAAUCUGCCUUGUGUGACAGCUGUGGUAGCAGUAGUAUGUAGUUUUAGAGUGUAGUUAAAUGUACCUUUAAAACUUUCACACCAUACAGAACCUUAGUAGGGUUCAUUUCUGUCAGCCAAAAAAGAAAAGUGAAUGUGACCAAACAUGAUUGCACUGCUACAGGAAUACUCAAACAAAAGUAGAAUGCCUGUAAGACUAUGAUGCAUCGUUCUAUAAAUAAGAGUUAGAAAAAGGGAACUAGAUAUCUUAGCAGGGAAGGAAAAUCUGAAAUGGUUUGGGACUGAGCUCAGAGGCUAACAGUUGUACAGUUGUUUGAGUUGUCUUGCAUUAUGAGUAGGUUAUUAAAUGAAAAUGCUGACCUGAUUGGAUUAUAUACCAGCAAUGAACUGGCCUUUUAAAAAUGAAUUACAUGAAGCACUAGAUGGGUACCCAGCUUGUUUUUUUCUUAGAUUUGGGAGUUCUAGUUGAUAAAUAAUGCAGUUCAUGCAGUUCAUGCAAUCACAGAGUCUGUCAAGACAACGGAAUAGCAGAAAUGCACUUUCUCAACUAGUAGUUGCUUGAUGCUGGAGAUGAUUGCUCCCAGUGCUUGAUUUGCUGUUCUAGUAUAGGCACAAGUAGUAGGAGUGUUCAGAAGCAGUAGUAGUAGGUGUAUCACAGAAGUUGAGUAAGAAUUAUAAUCUGCCCUCUAGAUCACACAAUGGAUACGGUGUUUGUUCUUUUUCUUUCAAUUUCUUUAUUUUGAGAUGCAAGUGUAGAAGUUAUACCUGGACUACACAGGGUGUCUGAUUCUGAAGUGGACACUUCGGUUACAUCAGCUGCACUUAGGUUUUUCACAGUUAAACUAAGAAAAAGACAUUUACAUUACUUAGCAUAAUGAAACAUUGUUUAGAGCUAUUGAGUUCCAUUCACCUCUCCCUCGAAACUUGAUCCACAUCACAGCAAGCAUUUUUUUAAUGACUGCCAAGCAAAAAGCGUCCUGCUGAAUUUUUGGUUCAUGCACAAACUGCUUGUGUGCUUUGUUUCUCAGACUGUGUGUGUGUGGGCAGGGGGCAUCUUAAGGAAGAGGCAGCACAGAAACAGCGCAAACAGAAGGUUCUGUAGAGUUUACAGGUAAAGUGAAUGGGUGUGAUUGAGUCAGGUAACCUCUAGAGCUGUUUUGGAUUAAGUGAACUGAAAGUUUAGUGACUCUUCUGUUGCAUUACUGUUUUGUAGGCUAUACAGAGAAAAAAAUCAUAGAAUCAUAGAAUGGCCUGGGUUGAAAAGGACCAUAAUGAUCAUCUAGUUUCAACCCCCCUGCCACGGGCAGGGUCACCAACCACUAAAGCAUGUUAUACACAUGUUCUAUUUUAUACACAGCAUGUUAUUCUGUGCUGUGUGAAAGUCCAGGAAACCGAACAAAAACAGGACAUAUACAGACUGGAAAACGACAGUUUACAUGCUGCAUGCGCAAGUGUUAUUGAUGUAGCUGUAGCUGUCUUUUGCCUAGAUUAAUUAGAUUAGUUUUGAUCUACAUCUGAAAUUACUCUGUUUUCAGCUUUUUAUGUCCUGAAACAUUUCUUUGUUAUUGAAAAGAGGUGGUAGGGAAAACCUCUUUAUUCCAAGACUGAAUGCGCGCCAAGCCGAUAGGUGAGGUGUAUGCUUUCCUUUAGAACCCUGCAGUGCCUGUGGGAGAGUAAGUUAAUGUUUCCAAGGUAUGUCUGCUGAGCAGUGCUGUGUGUCCCAGAGCACUUACACAAAACAACUUCUGUUGUUCCUCUGAAGCAAUAUGAAAAGAAAAAAAAAAAAAAGAAACUUAAAAAAAAAAAACCCAGAAAAACAAAACAAAAAAACCCUUUGGUGGGAAAAAUACUACUUCCCAAAGUGUUGUUAUUUCUCAAAGGGCAGAAAUUGCUUUCUGAAAAAUGAGGGAAAUAAUUUCAGUGUUUUUGCUCUUUUUUUUUUUUCUUUUUUACGGAAAUGGGAUAUUUUUUCUCCAAAAUGGCAAUUUUGUAUUUCAAUUGAAGCUGUUCUCUGCAUAGACUUUGAACAAUCGGUUGCUUCCUGUUGGGGGAAACACUGGAACAAUUGCAGCGUGAUUUCAGUGGGAUAAUGACAGAACUGUUGUUGAGCAGGAGGUACAUUUGGAAGAGGACUUGCUCCAGAAGGAGAUGUAUUUCUGUGAGCAUCUAGGUUUUUUUGUAGAUGAUACCUGUGAAUCUUGCUAUUGCAUUCUAUUCACGUCUGAUUUUUUUUAUUUUAUUUUUUUGCUUGGAUAGGUUACUGUUUGUGAUGGGAUAUUACACUUUGAUACACAUAUUGAAGCUCAAUAGAAUUCAGUUGUAACAAAUAUAAUCUACUCUGCUCAUCUCUUUGACCCUUUCCCAGGCAACUUUAGAACUUUUGCACAUGCAUUCUUAGUAAGUGCAGCCUGCCAAGGCUGUAGACUGAUGGUGAGUUUGUGUUCUGAAUCUGUUACACUCUAACGUGUAUGUAUUUUUUUUUGCUGCUCUUCUCAGCACUUCUGUUUUUUUCCUCUUGUGAUGGUGGUAAAUAAGGACCUGCUGCUCAUUGGACAUUGGUGCAGGAGUUCAGGUGACAGCUUUUGCAUUCACCUCCUUGAACAGUUACCAGCAGAUAGCUGUAGAAAACAUACUUGUGGGAAAAGCAUCAUAGUCUUUAAGCAACCUUAUCAUCGUAACUUCUAGGUACUGAAUUGAAAGGAAUAACUGUCAUUCUUACUAGCAGAGGUCACAGGUACUGUGACCACGUUAAUGCAUUUUAGAAAAUUCCUAUGUGUGUAUUUUGCCUGCCUUUUCCAGCUCAAUGGAAUAUUGCAUCUUUGAGACUGUGGUCCAUCAGGAUCUGGAUUUUUCUGAUGAUAUACUACCAGGAAGCAUGCAAUUGUAGUGGCACCUCACUACUACUGCUCAGGUCAAAAGUGGGUUGGAAUAAAAAGCUUUACCCUGAAAACAAGGCUGUAUUUUACCUUUCUGGUGCUAGUGCUGCAGUGCUGUGUUUCUAACUUCGGGUACAACUGUCAUUUUGCAUUGGCUCAAAAUGGUCACAGUUUUUCUGCUACUCAUUUCCAUGGGCUGUUGGUGGUGUUGGUAAGUGACAUGUGUGGUUUAUCUCCGGAGUCCCAGGCAAUUCUCUCUUUUCAGAACAAAAAACCUCUUGGGGAACUUUAUAUCUAUAUGCAUAUAUAUAAAGGUCAGGCCAGAUGGGAAUCUGAGCACCUGAUCUAGCUGUAGGUGUCCCUGUUCACUGCUGGGGAGUUGGUCUAGAUGGCCUUUACAGGUCCCUUCCAACCUGCCUGACUCUAUACAGGUCCCUUCCAACCCGUGACUCUAUAUGAAAAUCACAGGAAUGCCUACAUACUCCAAUAAAUAAAUAGUAUAAUAAUAAACCUAGCUCUUCACAGCAACAGCACCAUUCUGAGUGCAAAAGCGGCAGUCUGAAGUUGCGCUUAGAGCAAUUGCUCAACUUUCCGUGCAGAAUGUGAACCAUGUGAGCCUCUGCUGCGGGGUCACUGCACCACCUAGUGGCUCUGCAGGUUAGCUGAGCGUACGGCUCACUGCGUCUGGGCGCUGUCGUUGGUUAGCUCGUAUGGGUGGGCGACAUUUUGCAGAAACAGCUUGUCAGCGUGAUUUCCACGAACCUGCUAAAGAUGCUCGUUUCUAGUGGAACAAAAGCCUUCGUGAGCCUGAGCAGAAGAAAGCAUCGUAAGAAAACAAAACAAAUAAACAAAAAUAUGUGGGGUAUUUAUUGGCUAUUUGUAAGGUGACUUGAACUCAGAAUACUGUUGGAAAAAAAAACAAACAAACUGUUUCUUCCCCUUUUUUUGUCACCUCAAAGUGUUUGGCCUUUCUGAAACUUCAGUAUAGUCAGAAAAUGUUAGGCUUUAAACUAAUACAUUUUUUCCUAUGUAUUGGCAUUAACAUAUAAAAAGCCCCAUGAAAAACAGUAAAUAUUUUUUUUCCAAAUGAGACUAAUGCAUGCCUUGCACGUAGAACCUCCCUAGUUUUGUUUAGGAGCUUUUAUACUUGGAAUCAAAAAGCUAUUACUUUUGAAUUGAAGAGCGCACAACUUGUCAAAGCUCUGCAUCCAUCAAGGUGCUGUGCGUACAUCUAACUUUUCCCCAUCUUCUUUGGAUUAUUUUUCUUGAAUAAAAAUUAUCUACUGGAAGAUCUGUGGUGGUGCAGUGUGAAUGUUAAUAGCAGGGCAACGGUAUAAAUGGGACCUGGAUGUGUUCAUUGCUUAGCGUUCCCAGUAGCCUGAUGAACAGUGCUGUUGUCCUUGGUCUCUUCAGUUCUGAAAAAGCACUGGAUUCUAGUUCAGAUUUCAGUCUGGAGGGUGUCUGGAGUGUCAGUAACACAAGAGGUGUAGAAAUGAGUGUAAGUUCUGCAACCUCAGAACCUUUUUCCUCAUCUCUUAGCUGGGCAAGCCUUUCAAAGUACAAGGAAGCUUGUUCCUGUUUUCCUGUUUCAGGUGCUGGUUUUAGUAUGAGGCUUUCCUUUGAUAGACAAGGAGGAAGUCUGUGUGUGGGCUUCCUUUUCCAGUGUUUCAGUGGGUAGGCUAUUGACUUGAAGUCCAGAGGCUUGAACUAUUCUGCAGAUGGCUAGCUUUGGGUUCAGAUAUUUUUGAAGAAAGAGUAAAGCAAAAUCCAUAAUGAAAUACUGCUGAGUUAUGUAAAGUAUGUGUGUGUAAAGUAAUGGCCGCGGGCAUUGCUGUCAUACUUGCUUCAGACUGUUCCCGAAAGCAAUAAUGUCAAAAAACUUUAUACCAUCAGUAAACAUUUUUCAUUUGAUAGUUUCAAAAGUUUUCAUGCAACCUAAAAAGGAGAGGUUGCUCUUUGAAUGCCUGAAAUAGGCUUGUGGUACUCAAAUGGUGUUUGCCAGGGCUUUUGCAGGCAGAAUUUACAAACUAUAACAAUUGAAUAGCGUAACUUUUCAAUAAGAUAUGAUUAAGAAAAGCUUUUCAAGUCAUCACUUCUUUUGCGUGAAAAAUCACUUUUAUUUUGUUUCACAGAAUCACAAAAUGGCUGCAGUGGGAAGGUGGACCUGUGGGUCUAUCUGGUCCAACCUCAUUGCUCAAGCAGAGCACCCAGAGUAGGCUGCUCAGGAUCGUGUCCUUCUAAAAUUUUCCAGGGAGGAGACUGCAGCUUCUCUGGGAGGCCUGUGCCUGUGCUCCCUUUCAUGCAUGGUAGAAAAAGUAUUCCCAGAUGUUUGGAGGGAACCUCUUUUGUUUCAGGUGUUUAUACACACUCAUAUAUAAGAUCUCUCCUGAGCAUCCUCUUCUCCAGGAUGAACAGUCCCAGUCAGUGGGUUUUUCACACUGAUGCGUGCUUCUCGCUCAUGAAAACCUUCAGGAUGGAAACCUGUGAGGCUGGCAUAAGAAGCAGUAAAAGGAGAGUCUUGCAGGAGCAGGAUGGUCCUCUUUUGGCUUGAAGUUAUGGAAAUAAGCAUGUAAUAUGUCAGUGCAGAAUCUUGAAGGCUGCGUUGCACAACAUGAGACCUUUUGCUUUAUUAACCAUGGCAUUAAUAUUAAAGUUAACACUCCUCUGUAUGCUAAUGAGCUGUAAGAAGAACAUGUUAAACAUAUAUGACUAUAGUACCCAACUAUCCACCACAUCUUAUCAAAUAUCAUCCCAGGGAGGGAAACAGUUAAAGUUUUGGAUAUAAGGGAAAAUAUCUUGGUAAGGAAGCUGAGUGGAGAAGGGAGGGGAAGCAGGGAAGAGAAUGGAAAAGAGGCUGAAGGAGAGAAGAGAGAUGAGAGAUAAGAAGUUGCCACCUUCUGUUGAGUCAACAACUUCACCAGUUUUCUGUCAUCAGUAUAUUUACUGAGGGUGCACUCUGCCUGAUUGUCCAGAUCAUUAAUUAAAGUGUUAAAUAGGACUAGACCCAGUACUGACCCCUGGGGUUCUCUACUUGUUACUGGCCUCUAGCUGCUGACCAUUGUCCUCUGGGUCCAGCCGUUAACCAUUUAUUCUUUACUCAUCUAGCUGGUAUUUCAGCAACUUGUCUGCGAGCAUUUUAAGGGGACAGUUUUUGUGCAAUACUGCUCCGUGUAUCCAAUCUGUAAAGAAGGAAUGAUUAGAAAAUUUAUGCUUGUAUUGGGCUUAUGUUCAGGUUUUGGUAGCAGGUGGGCUGCUGGUGUGGCAGAGCCCACCUGUUCUCUUGUCAGAACAGAGCCAGCUUCAGCUUCUCUUAAAGGGACCUGCCGCUGGACAGAGCUGAGCCAUAAGCGAUGCUGGUUAUACCUCAGAGAUAAUGUAUUUGAGAGAGACUAAAACACUGCACAGACGCAGUGAGAAAGAGGAGUAAGUAAAUGCGAGAGAAACAGCCCUGCAAGCACCAUGGCCAGUGCAAAGGGAGCUGCAGGUGCAGAACAGAAGCUCCCUGCAGCCCAAGAAGAGCCCAUGGAGGAGCAGGUUGUCCCCCUGCAGCCUGUGGGUGCCAUGCAGAGCAAAUCUCCAUGUGCAGCCAUGGAGGAGCCUAUGAUGUGGCAGUGGAUGAGGCCUGAAGGAGUCUGGAGCCCCCACAGGAGAAGCCCUGGGCUGAAGCUGCAACCCACAGAGAGGAGCCCAUGGUGAGGCAGGAGGGUUGGAGGGACCCAUGCUGGAGAAAUCCACCCCUGGGGCUGGGCCCUGUGGUACAGAGCCAUGUUGGAGCAGUGCUUGGAGACUUGCAGUUUGUGGGAAGCCUGCUCGGGGUCACUUUGGGAAGGAUGACAUCCUGUGAGAGGGAUUCUACGUGGAAGAGGGAAAAGGAGUGACCAUGAAGGAUCAACAGCAACAAGCCCUAUGAUCUGACUGCAGCCCCCAUUGCCUUUUUUCCUACGUAGCCUGGGAUGAGGUAGAAGAGGGUGGCACUGGGGAGGGAGGGUGUUUUUGUUUGCUUUUAGUUCUCACUGCUUUAACCUGUUAGUAAUAAGGAAUAAAUUAAUCUUCCUACACUGAGUCUGUUUUCCCCAUGACAAUAAGUGGUGAGUGAUUUCCUUACCCUUAAUUUUGAAUUUUUUUUCAUUAUAUUUUCUUCCCGUCCUCCUCUGUGGAGGGAGGGUGAAAUAGUGUCCACCACCAGCACAACAAUGCUUACUUUAUAGCUUUUUAAACAAUUCUUUUUAGAUAACCCUUAUUUUAAGAUUACAACAUCUAAAUGCAUUUUUGUAAAAAUAUUCCUCAUAAGAGAUAUAAUAACACAUCUUGUGUAUGCUUCACUUGUUAAAGGUGAACUUGCUGUACCCUGUUGCAAGGUAUGUUUUGUAAUCUGGGAGAAAGUGAAGGCCAUGCAGAGAAGAAGGAAGAGAAGGUUGACCACCACGAGACAACAUGGUUGUAGAUCACACACACAGCAUGAGACUUUACAUCCUGAAACCCAAAGGCAGAACAUGAGGUGAAAUGAGGCAGAUUAAGAAUGAAAUGGAUUGGAUAUUAGAUUGGAUAUUAGGAAAAACUCCUUAUCCAAAACAGUAAUAACUGAUUGACACAGGCUGCCAAGGGAGGUGAUGGAAUUGCCGUUGCUGGAGGUGUUCCAGAAAGGGAUACAGAUGUGGCACUGAGGGACAUGGUUAGUGGGCAACACAGGUGGUAGGUGAAUGGUUGGAACAGAUGGUCUUAGAGAUCUUUUCCAGCUUUGGUGAUUCCACGAUUCUGUUAAUAGGCUUUAACUGAAAAGGAAAGAAUUGUUGCACUGCUUCUUUCCACAUGAAAGAAUUUUUCUUUAAAGAAUGUCACUUCAGUGCUGAACUAUAGGUAUUCUUGCAUGUAUAGUAAGUGACAGGGCUUGCUUUCCUUUUUUUUAAAAAACCUCCUGCAUCCUGAUAUAUACCCAUCGUGAUGAUAGCAGCCAUCUUAAUUUUACUCAAAUGUGAAAGUAGAACUGAUGAUCCUGAACACAGAGUGUCUUUUAAUGUGGAGUUGUCCGUUUUGUGUAUUUCUCUUUCAUGACUAGGGGGAAGAAAAGAGUUUGUGUCUCAAUGAAGAGCAGUUGAGAGUUACUCCAAGUGGUUAUUGUUUCCAAACCAUUUUCUAUCAUUUCUCUUACUUUAAUAUGAGCCAUUCACUGUUGUAGAAUGGCUGUUUUCAUGUCAUGGCUUGGGUUAGAGGGGACCUUAAAGACCACUAAUUCCAACCCCUUGCCACGGACAGGGCUGCCACCCACCAGCUCAGGCUGCCCAGGGCACCAUCCAACCUGGCCUUGAAUGCCUCCAGGGAUGGGACAACAGAGCUUCUCUGAGCAACUGCUCUGUUUGCUUUAUUAUAAAAGAUACGUGGAUAAAUAGUUUUCCUCAUCCUUCUAGAUUCUGAUCAUAGAUCUUCUUUACAAUAUGCAGAUACAUGAUGAGAACAACUAAGUUGGUGCCUUCUAACUUCAAUGUGGCUUGAGUAGCAUCGUUACUGCAUAGGGAAAAGCCUGAUGAAAGUGCCGUUCCUUUUCAGACUUUGUGGUAAUUUGUCCACUGUGGUAAUGACAAACAUUUGGUAGGCUCUGGAUACACUUUUUUAUGUUACGUGAUUAUUUUUGUAAUUAUCUUUUAUAAUCUACAGCCUUUGAGGGCAGGUAUGCUGUGAACAUAUCAAAACAGCUAUGAUAAUCUCCACCUGUCUGCUCGUAUCACACACUGUUCCCAGAAUGUUGUGAAAUUCUGAAGUUGCUCUGCAUAAUUUUCUGGAAGCUCUCUUUCUCUUCUCACACCACUAAUUUUUAGGAUAGAUCAUCUUGGUUAGUUUUUAGUUUAUUUGUCCCUGCAUGAGUCACAAACUCUUCACUGUCUAAACUGAUAGCGAACCAAAGUGUGGUUUGCUGCUUGGAACUGAAUGUUUUUUGCUGUUGUUGUUUUUCCCCCAAGAGGAACUUCAGUUUAAAAUGUAUAUGGUUAUAGAUGUCAGGUAGAUGUAAAAUGUCAAAGGCUUAUACUUGCAUUUGUAAUCUUGUGCUGAGUGUAUAGUUAGGCUUUAGUUAGUCUCCUUUAGUCUUUGCAAAGAUUCAUGCAGGUAAAGUCAAAAUAGAGUGCUGGUUAUGUAAUUAAAUACAGGUGUCAUGGAUCUGCUCGGCCAAUGGUUUUAAAAAAAAAAGGAUUAAGAACAGCUUUCCAUCUCACUUAGAAACGUUAAAUUGAAGAAUUCUUAUCCUACAGAAAUUCUUUUCCCCUAAAAUGAAAUGCAAAUGCAAGAGUCUACAGCUUUCUCUUAACUCACUGGUCACUUGAGAGGUGCUGCUGUGACUGUGCAAGAAAAAUUUCAUACACUUGUGGUGAUAUUUCUAGACUGCUAGAUUUUUAUUUAUUCCCAUUACUCUUUUAAAUGUUGCUAGAGAAAAUACACCUGCUUUCUCCUUUUCCUUUAAAGGAGAGAACAGACCAAAACCAAAGAAGAAGAGCUGUUGUUAUAAAGACUUCAACUUACGGCGAAUACUUUGCCAUUUUUCUUUACCACAUUUUCCCUGUCUGGAAAUGGGGGUGUUUGUUUCAUGAUACUUUUUAAAUUCAGAGUUUAGAGUGCUGUGGAAGCUUUGUCAGGACAGUGAGGAGAACAGGAGAGCAAGGACAGGGAUAGAGGCAUCUCCACUGUAUCUUUGCAUUUGUUUCUUCUUAUUGCCACUUUUCUUUAAAUAAGUAGAUGACAAAAGUGGUUUUAGAGGUUGUGAAUGUGAGUCUAUUCUGCACAAUGAUUAUUUUCCUUUAGAGACACGAGUGAAGAUUCUCCACCAUUUCGACCAGGCUCCAGUGCCAAGUCCUCCAUCCAUGCAGGUGCUUUGGCAGCAGAGACCCAGCCAGGGGCUGCUGAACAGCACAAACCUGUGUGUGAUCUUGUUCUGCUGGCUAGAGCAAGGAAUUGCCAGAGGAUGGGAUGGCAGUUGAAACACAAGGUGUUGAAUUCACUCUUGUGAGGGAAAAACCUUAAACUCCAGGUUUCUCAAUUGAAUGUUGUUCACCUUCAGCAGUUAGAACUACCCAUCUGGAGAAGAAAUGCAACUUGUGGAUGGGGUUUUUCACUUAGUGUUGCGUAGUGCACUGUGUGUUGGUACGUGUCUGUUUCACAUUUUAAACAGCCUGUGAGAUUUGCAUGAAGUCUGGGGGAAAGCUCUGGUCGAGUUUUCAGUUCACACCACUUGUAUGAAGUAAAUGGAACUGAUAGUUUGGCUUAUUUUCCAAUAACAGCAUCUUUUGGGCUAUACGAUGAGCCUGCACUAUCAACAACUAAUAUCUGCUACUCCUGGCCAUUAGCAAGUUGUUUCUGUUUUUCUUGCUUGCUAGAGUCAUAUCCCCGGGAUAUUUUUAAAUGUAAGUCCUGGAAGUGUUGAAAUGUAAUUAUACAUGUGCAGGUGAAGGAAUUACUCGCAUGCUUACAAUUACUUCUGCCUAAGGACUUCCUGGGUUCAGUAGUUAAAUGCUGAGACUGGAUAGAGGCUGUUAAAUGCAGCUUAAAAUGCGCAAAAUAAUGGAGUCAGGUGGUAAUUCUUGCUACAAAGUGUUAUGAUCAGAAUGUAACUUCCAAGCAAGUAAGCUUCCUUGUGCUUCUCCAUGCCUUUUUCUUUAAAGUUGCUAGUACCCUGUUUCUUUAAAGUUUUGGAUGUGUUUGUGAUGGGAGGGAACCAAAAUGUGCUUGUAAAAAGAGUAACUUGCUAUGUUCUGAUCUGUUUCUGACACUUAACAUACCAACUAUUCCUAUUAUUUUUUAAAAUCAAGGAUGUAGUCUGUUUUUUUCUUUCCCCCGGGGCCUCUUACAGCGACAGUUUCUAAAACUCUGAGUGGAUUUCCCUGCUGUGGUUUUGAUGCAUUUCUGUGUGAAACGGACGGCAGGAUUUGUUCUAGUAUGUAGGCCACUAUUGUAUUAGAAUUACAUAACCCUGUGGAGUGGUAGAAACAGAUGAAAAGACCAGGAUGCACGGCGUCCCCGAGCAGAUCAUAUCCCGUGACAAUGAAGACAGCGCAAGCUCUGCAGAGAAUGUGGUCACAUGCAGUCAAAAAGUUGAGGAUUUUAAGGGGGCACGCCCCAGGCAUGGAAGAGCUGAUAUGGGAACAGUACACUGUGACCUUACAAAAGGAUUCAAAACGAGGAUUUGGGAUUGCAGUUUCUGGUGGCAGAGAUAACCCACAUUUUGAAAAUGGUGAAACCUCAAUAGUCAUUUCAGAUGUUCUCCCAGGUGGCCCAGCAGAUGGAUUACUUCAAGAAAAUGACCGCGUGGUGAUUGUUAAUGGGACCCCAAUGGAAAAUGUUCCACAUUCUUUUGCAGUACAACAGCUUAGGAAAAGUGGAAAAGUGGCCACCAUUGUUGUGAAAAGACCACGGAAAGUGCAGGCUGCUGCUUUGAGGAGAAGCCCCUCCCUUGACUAUGAGGACAGAGCUUUAGAUGUAAUGGAUGACCAUGCAGAAUUUGAUGGCAAAAGUGCUCGAAGUGGCUACAGUGAAAGAAGCUGGCGUAGUGGCAAUGGAGGGCGCAGUCAAAGCUGGGGAAACAGCCUGGAUCAGAGCUAUAGAGAUGAUCAAGACAGAGAGCACAACCGAAGCAGAGGUCGUAGUAGGGAAUGUAGCUACAGCCGUGAUCAAAGUCGUGGUAGAAGCAUUGAUAGGAGCUUGGAUCAAGACUAUGGCAGAGAUCGGAGCAGGGGAAGAAGCGUUGACAGGGAUGGUGGCUAUGGACAGGACUACAGAAGAGACUACAGUCCAGCCAGUUACAGACAUGGAUCUCAACCUGAUCCUAGAUAUGUGAGGGAGGUGAGAAGCCUAAGUCGAGACAGGCUUCAUUCUCGUAGUCCUUCACCUGAAACACGCCAUCAGCAUGAGUACCUAGGACCACAGGAUCAGAAUGGACCCAUCAGUGUUCUCUUAACAAAAGGCAAACAUAAUGAAGAAUAUGGUCUCCGACUUGGAAGUCAGAUCUUCAUAAAAGAAAUGACCAGUACUGGCCUAGCAACCAAAGAUGGCAACCUUCAUGAAGGGGAUAUCAUUCUUAAGAUCAAUGGUACAGUGACAGAGAACAUGUCUUUAGCUGAUGCCCGAAAAUUGAUUGAGAAGUCUCGGGGAAAGCUCCAGCUGGUUGUCCUCAGGGACAGAAAGCAGACCCUGCUCAACAUUCCUUCAUUGAAUGACAGUGACUCAGAAAUGGAUGAUAUUUCUGAAAUAGAGUCAAACAGAUCGUUCUCCCCUCAAGAUGAUAGAUUGCAUCAUUCUGAUCUGGAUUUGCAUUCAUCCAAUGAAAAGCUGAAAGAGAAAACGAAUGCAAAAGAUGAUCCAUCCAAUAGGAUGUCCAGGAUGGGAGCAAUGCCUACACCAUUUAAAUCAACUGGUGAUAUUGCUACAACUGCUGUCACUGUAGUAGAUGCAAACAAAGAACCAAAGUACCAAGAUGAUGUAGCAGUGCCCCAGCCAAAAGCAGUUACAAGAACGAUUCUUAAACCCAGCCCAGAAGAUGAAGCAAUAUAUGGUCCUAAUACAAAAAUGGUAAGAUUCAAGAAGGGGGACAGUGUUGGUCUGCGACUUGCUGGUGGAAAUGAUGUAGGGAUAUUUAUUGCUGGAAUCCAAGAAGGCACCUCAGCUGACCAGGAAGGACUUCAGGAAGGAGAUCAGAUUCUCAAGGUAAACGCUCAAGAUUUCAGAGGCAUUGUUCGGGAGGAUGCUGUUUUAUACCUACUAGAAAUUCCCAAAGGUGAUACAGUGACAAUUUUGGCUCAAAGCAAAUAUGAAGUAUACAGAGACAUCAUGGCCUGUGGCAGAGGAGAUUCAUUCUUCAUCAGAAGCCACUUUGAGUGUGAAAAAGAGUCACCACAGAGCUUAGCCUUCACCAGAGGGGAGAUCUUUAGAGUAGUUGAUACUCUGUAUGAUGGCAAACUAGGAAACUGGCUGGCUGUGAGAAUUGGAAAUGAACUUGAAAAGGGCCUCAUUCCAAACAGGAGCAGAGCUGAGCAGAUGGCCAGUGUUCAGAAUGCCCAGAAAGAUGGCCCUAGUGACAGGGCAGACUUCUGGAGAACACGCGGCCAGCGAUCUGGAGUGAAGAAGAAUUUGAGGAAGAGUCGUGAAGAUCUGACAGCAAUUGUAUCAGUGGGCACAAAAUUCCCAGCUUAUGAACGAGUUCAGUUGCGUGAAGCUGGUUUUAAGAGACCUGUUGUGAUAUUUGGCCCCAUUGCAGAUGUUGCUAUGGAGAAGUUGUCAACUGACUUGCCUCACCUGUACCAGACUGCAAAGACAGAACCCAGAGAUGCAGGUUCAGAGAAGGCAACUGGGGUAGUACGCUUGAACACUGUGAGGCAAAUCAUUGAGCAGGAUAAACAUGCUCUCUUGGAUGUGACUCCUAAAGCAGUGGAUCUGCUGAAUUAUACCCAGUGGUUUCCCAUUGUAGUCUUCUUUAACCCAGACAGUAAGCAGGGCGUGAAAACGAUGAGACAAAGGCUGUGUUCCACAUCUAACAAAAGCUCGAGGAAGCUUUAUGAGCAAGCAAACAAGCUGAAGAAGACUUGUUCCCACCUCUUUACAGCCACCAUCAAUUUGAAUUCAGCUAAUGAUAGCUGGUAUGGUAGUCUGAAGGAUACAAUUCAGCAACAGCAAGGUGAAGCAGUUUGGGUGUCAGAAGGAAAGGUAGAUGGCAUGGAAGAUGACGCAGAUGAUCGCAUGUCUUACCUUACUGCCAUGGGUGCUGACUAUUUGAGUUGUGACAGUCGGUUGAUCAGUGACUUAGAAGAUACAGAUGGAGAGGGAGGUGCAUACACUGAUAAUGAACUUGAUGAACCUUUGGAUGAACCAAGAAUCUCAUCUGUUGGCCGGUCCUCUGAACCUGUACAUCAUGAAGAGAAUAUAAAGAAAUUUAGCUUGGAACAAAGAACUCCAUUGAGGAAAGCUGGUAGCAGGGAGAUCCUUAGAGAACCUAGUCCACCUCCAGCAUUCAAGCCUGAACCACCAAAGGGGAAGUUACAAAACAAAGAGGAUCUGUAUGACUUCCCUAAGAACUAUGACUCCAAACCAAGUAGCAUCCAUGUCAGCAGUGAGACUUCAACUGUAUCAGCCAAAGCAGCACCACCACCUGUUUCUGUGAAACCUACUUUUGGGCGUCCCAUCCUGAGAAAUACUCAGCCAGCAGUCCCAAGUGCAGAAGAAGAAGAGGAGGGAAAGUUGGAAGAGGAAGGGAGUGAACAAGAAAAUACUCCAAAAUCUGUGCUGAGGAAAGUAAAAAUAUUUGAGGAGAUGGAUCAUAAGGCAAGGCUGCAAAGAAUGCAAGAGCUACAGGAGGCCCAGAAUGCCAGGAUUGAAAUAGCCCAGAAGCAUCCAGACAUUUAUGCUGUCCCUGUCAAAACACAGAAGUCAGACCAGAACUGGCCCCAGCCCAUCAGCUGCCGACCUCCAGAACCCCAGAAACCUCCUACCAGACCUUACCUGGAGGAUCGUGGCAGCUGUGGCAGUGAUGGAGAGGAGGAGGAGGAGUACCGUCGGCAGCUAUCAGACCACUCUAAGAAAGGUUACUACGGACAGCCACCCAGAUACAGAGACACAGAACUGUAGGCUUGCUGGUCUGUGCAAGCAGAAUGCUGUUUGGAGGUUCUCUUCCUUCCCAGCCAAAGUGGAGCAAAGUUAGUCUUGCGAAGCUGUAUUUUUUGUUGGGGAUAAUUAGUAGGUGUGCUGCACGACUUAGACAUAUCCAUAGGCUGAAACUGGAAGACUUUGUUUUUUGGGGAUAUACUAUUUUGUUAGCAUUUAGGAAAAGAAAUCACUAUCGCCUGACGCUGUUGCCUGUUUUGAGAGGACCAAAUCCUGUUCUAAAGUUGGAGUUAAUUGUUGGUAUUUUCAUACUUGAACAGGAAAACCUUUUCUUCCCCUUUUAUUAAUGCUGCCAAUUUGGGCUGUUCUACGAAAGCAUGAUCUAGGAGAUAAACUUGAUGCAACAGAACUAAACUUACAAGGAUUUAAAAACAGUAAGUGCCUUUAACAAGAAGCAUUUCUAAUUGUUUGUUUGGACAUCCAAUAUGUGUGUAAAGCCAUAACACACUAACGGGGGGAUGGCCUAACUUUUGUAUUGGAUUCAUGGCAACAAUUUACCUUGCAUGUUGUUUUUCAGAGUUCAUAUAUGCACAUGCGAUAUUUUAAAAGCACUGAGUGUGCAUAACUGACCAUGCAGCUGGCCAGGUGGGUUGGAAAAGACCAGCUUGUGCUCAAACAGAAAAAGUGCUGUAGAAAUUCAGUCAUGUAUCUAAAUUGCCACAGCCACAAAUAAUAAACAAUAGAUUCUAGACAAA